AUGCAUGCAGAUGGUUGGACAGGCGUCUUCUGGGACAUGGAUGAAUUCCCACUCCCUCCUGGUCUCGAUGUAAAUCAGUUUGUUAAGAAUGUCAAAUUAGCUAUAUCGAGUGAGGGCUUUCGUGGUCCUGAAGUUGAUUUCUUUGCUUAUACUAGUUCGGAUUCCUUUAAUUAUCGCGAUAACGAGUUCUUCACUCUAUUUAAAGUUGAAGAUAAACGUUCAGGGUUUUAUAGAUUGUUACAUGGCAUGCUUAACUGGCUUUACAAACGUCAACAGUAUGGAGGGACAAAAAGUUUGUUGUUUAUCGCAAAGGCUAUGCCAGGGGAAGAUAACGAUACCAUGAUCAGUUUUCUUAACCAACUGUUUGAUAGAGGUCAUUGUAUUUUAACAGUAGUUCCUGAUGGGUGCUCACCAGAAAAUUUUGAUUAUCCUGAGCCAACUUUAGCUUGGUAUUGGUCAGACUUAUGUUCUGGAAACAAGUCCAUCGAGCUUCCUGAUCCUACUUUUUCUGAUGAUGAUUCCGGAAGCAGCUCACCAGAAACUGAUGGUGCUGAUCAAGGUGUGGAACGUGCACGUGAAACUGAUGUUGCUCACUCUCGGAAUUGA